AUGAAGAUCGAUGUUUUGAUAUCAACACCAUCCAUUCUAUCGAAAUGGAGCCGCAGUCGUUUCCCAAAUAUCAAGACCGUUGUUACUGGCGGUGAGCCUUGUCCGCAAAGUCUUGCCGACGAGUGGGCAGUCGGGACCAGCUACUACAAUAUUUGCGGCCCCACGGAGAUUACCAUCCUCAAUUCCGCGCACCUACAUGUUCCCGGCCAAUUUCUGACGAUUGGUACCCCUCUACCAAAUACUACGGUGUAUAUACUUGAUGAAGACGAAAACCCGGUCGCCAUGGGAGAAAUGGGUUCAAUGUGGGUGGGUGGUGCUGGCGUUACGCGAGGAUACAUCAACCUACCUAUGCUCACUGCGAAGCGAUACAAACGAGACAAAUUUCGCAAUGAUGGGUCCAGUAUGUUCAAUACUGGAGACCUAGUACGCUGGCGGGAGGACGGCUCGCUCGAGACAUUUGGUAGAUCAGAUGACCAGGUCAAGAUCAAGGGGUUCAGAGUUGAGCUGGAUGGUGUUACUUCAGUCAUUGAGGCAUUUCCUGGCAUAUCGCGAGCUUGUGCAAAAGUGGUCGACCAGAAGCUUCACGGUUUCUACGUGGCCGAGACCGACGUCGACGAGCAAGUCCUGGAUGUUUUCGUGCGGCAGCACUUGCCGUUCUACUCCGUGCCGGAGAGGUGGAUUUACAUUCCCGAGAUACCGCUCACUCCCAACGGGAAGGUUGAUAAGAAGAUGCUCGUCGAAUUGGCUCUCAGCGCUGCCACAACAAAGGCUAAUGUUGGUCUAAUCCCACUCAUUGCUGCACCAAUCCCUGUCGCUGCCGCACCAAUUUCAAUCGUUGCUGCGCCAGUACAGGAAGUGGAGUCAAACGCGGACCUGGAAAAAGCGAUAAGAUGCGAUAGCGCCGUUGUCAGAAGCAGUCUCUCGAUCACCAAGGGAGGCACAGGCAGUGUUUCCGAAUCGCUCGAGUCGGAGCUCGAUAAGCUUCCUGCUAAGAAUGGUUUCCACGGACAGAGAUGGCUUCGCCAUCGCGCUUUCAUCCUGUAUCGGCGCUUCUUCUCGGUCAUCAUGCUUGCGAACAUUGCUACAGCCUGCUUCAUCCUAUACAGGAAUGUGAAGCAAGAUCGCUACAUUCUCGCGGAUGUAUCCACCGCAUUUGCGGCGAAUCUGUGCAUGGCCAUCUUGAUGCGAUCAGAGCCUGUCGUCAAUCUACUGUUCACGGUGGCAUGCUCUGUUCCAGUGUCUUGGCCUCUUGCGAUCCGUCGCCAUUGUGCUAGGGUAUUCCAUAUUGGUGGAAUACACAGCAGUUGCGCGAUCGCGUCUGUUGGUUGGUUCACUAUUUUCACGGUCGGUGCCAGCUUGGAGCUUGCAAAGGAGCCAGCCAUUCGCUGUCUCACGCUCGCGCCGAUCAUCCUCACGUAUCUUGCCUGGCCUAUUCUCAUCGCCAUGGCAGGGACAUCGCAUCCUACCUUCCGAGCCAAGCACCACGAUAUUUGGGAAAUGACGCACCGCUUUGGGGGCUGGACAGCGCUCAUCCUUCUUUGGGUACAAUCAUUCCUUGCAGCAAAAGACCUCGCAUCUGGUGUAGCUCCAUCUCGUGCGUACCUUACUUCUCCUGGCAUCUGGCUUCUUACUGUUGCCACUUGUGCUAUUAUCUUCCCGUGGCUCUUCCUCCGCAAAGUACCGGUUCGGUCGGAAGUGCUCUCCAAUCACGCUGUCCGUCUUUGGUUUGACUACACUGAUCCUGUAGUCGGUACAGGCGUUCGUCUAGGUGAGUUCCUCGAGAACAAUGCGUCGCAAUUCAGCACUGAAGUCUUUCUAGCGGAAAAGCCUCUACGCGACUGGCACGGCUUCGCGACCAUCACCAAUGCCAACGGCCGCGGGUUCUCCCUUGUAGUCAGCAACGCUGGCGACUUCACUAAGCGCACUAUCAACCGUGCACCGACGCACAUUUGGGUUCGAGGCAUACCGACCUGUGGUGUGCUGCGGAUUGCAACGCUCUUCCGGUCCGUUGUGCUAGUCGCCACUGGUUCUGGAAUCGGACCGUGCCUCGCAGUUAUCCUUGCGAAGAAAGUUCCGUGUCGUAUUUUAUGGACAGCACCAAAUCACGAGCAAACUUUCGGGAAAGAUUUAGUGAACACCGUGUUACAAAGGGAUCCUAAGGCGGUCAUCCACAAUACGCGCACCAUGGGCAAGCCGGACAUGCCGCUUAUGGCGUGGAAAUUGUAUAAAGAGAGUGGGGCGGAGGCGGUAUGCGUGAUCAGUAACAAAGUCUUCACGCAACGAAUUGUUUACGCACUGGAGAGCAGGGGUGUGCCAGCGUAUGGCGCAAUAUUCGAUUCCUAA